CCAUCAACACUCAAUAGCCGUUGAGAGCCUCAGAGUUCAAAAUCCAUUUCUCCCAAACCUAGAUUUCCAGAGAAAAGCUCUCUCUCUAAACUCUCCGUCGUCUCUCUACAUUCUUCUUCGUCUAAGCUUCUCUUCUUGUGUUCGGAUCUGAGUGUCGUUGAGGGCUCGCGCAGUUUCUCAAUCGGCUCUGAUUUGAAGUUCUUUUGUUUUAUGCAGAUCUGUGACGGUUUUGACAGAUAUAUAUCUUUGUAUCCUACAUCUAUUUAAACCGAACAUAACCCAUCAGCCUCUCGUGGGAGGAGAGGCUCAGACCAUACUUUUAUUUGGUCGAUCUUUUCUUAAUUGGUUUAUCAAGGACAAAAGUAGAUUUAAAUAUGACUGUUCGGACACCGAGCACACCAGCUUCAAAGACAGACAGAACACCAGUAUCAACCCCUGGAGGGUCCAAAGUCAGAGAAGAGAAGAUUGUGGUGACAGUACGAUUAAGGCCUUUAAGUAAAAAAGAGCAGUCAGCUAAAGACCAAGUCGCAUGGGAUUGCAUUGAUGAUCACACGAUUGUGUUCAAGCCACCACCUCAGGAGCGUUCACCUCAACUAGCCUCAUUUACAUUUGAUAAAGUCUUUGGUCCUGCUUCUUUGACUGAGACGGUAUAUGAGGAAGGCGUCAAGAACGUUGCUUUGUCUGCUUUGAUGGGCAUAAAUGCAACUAUAUUUGCAUAUGGGCAAACCAGCAGUGGGAAGACUUACACAAUGAGAGGAAUAACAGAGAAAGCUGUUAAUGAUAUCUAUAAGCAUAUAAUGAAUAGUCCUGAGAGAGAUUUUACAAUAAAGAUUUCUGGACUAGAAAUUUAUAACGAGAAUGUCAAGGACCUAUUGAAUUCUGAAUCGGGUCGUAACCUUAAGCUGUUAGAUGAUCCAGAGAAAGGAACUGUGGUUGAGAAGCUAGUGGAGGAGACUGCAAAUAAUGACCAGCAUUUAAGACAUUUGAUCAGCAUUUGUGAAGCUCAAAGGCAAGUGGGUGAAACUGCCCUCAAUGACAACAGCUCUCGAUCACACCAGAUAAUAAGGCUGACAAUAGAAAGUACUCUCCGAGAAAAUUCAGGUUGCGUCAAGUCUUUUGUUGCUAGCCUGAACUUUGUAGAUCUAGCUGGAAGUGAAAGAGCCUCACAGACACAUGCAGAUGGUGCAAGGCUCAGGGAAGGCUGUCACAUUAACCUUAGCUUGAUGACUCUCACAACUGUAAUCAGAAAACUCAGUGUCGGGAAAAGAAGCGGUCAUAUACCCUACCGAGACUCAAAACUCACUCGCAUAUUGCAGCACUCACUUGGUGGGAAUGCUCGUACUGCAAUCAUCUGCACUUUGAGUCCAGCUUUGACACAUGUUGAACAAUCUCGGAAUACACUCUUCUUUGCCACCCGAGCAAAGGAAGUGACAAAUAAUGCUCAAGUCAAUAUGGUUGUUUCAGACAAGCAGUUGGUGAAACAUUUGCAGAAGGAAGUAGCCAGGCUGGAAGCAGAGCUGCGCACCCCAGAUCCAUCAAAGGAAAAAGAUAUGAAAAUCCAGCAGAUGGAGAUGGAAAUUGAAGAGCUAAGGCGCCAAAGAGAUCUUGCACAAUCCCAGGUGGACGAGUUACGGAAAAAAAUUCAGGACGACCCACAGCCUCAGAGUUCAAAUCCAUUUGACUCACCCCGUCCAGUGAAGAAGUGUCUCUCUUUCUCUGGUGGAUUAUCUCCAAAACUUGAUGGCAAGGAACCAGGCCAUGGUGAUAGAAUAAGGAAUACAAUGGGGAGGCAGACAAUGAGGCAAUCAUCAACUGCUCCUUUCACAUUAAUGCAUGAAAUUCGCAAACUUGAACACCUUCAGGAGCAGCUUGGAGAAGAAGCUAAUAGAGCUCUGGAAGUACUACAGAAGGAGGUGGCUUGUCAUAGACUAGGUAACCAAGAUGCAGCUGAGACUAUUGCCAAGUUGCAAGCAGAAAUAAGGGAAAUGCAAGCUGUUCGAUCAGUGCCAAAAGAAGUUGAAGUUGGCAGUGUUGUUGCUACUAACAAAAGUGUCAGUGCCAACCUCAAAGAAGAAAUAACAAAACUUCAUUCACAGGGCAGCACCAUUGCAGAUCUUGAGGAACAGCUUGAAAAUGUUCAGAAGUCCAUAGACAAAUUGGUAUUGUCUCUUCCAAGCAAUAAUCAGCAGUCUAACAAUGAAUCAAUUGUGAAGACCAAGAGUCAAUCGAAAAAGAAAAAGUUGAUUCCCCUAGCUUCGAGUAAUGGUGCCAACAGGCAAAAUUUCAUAAGAUCUCCCUGUUCACCUCUAUCAUCUAGGCAAACAUUGGAGGCAGAUGUUGAAAAUAGAGCUCCAGAGAAUGAUGACAUUGUGUACAGUGAGAUAGUGCUGGAGUCUGAGAAGGAGACUCCUACAAAGAGUGAAGAAGGUGGAGAUGUCUCAUCAAAGGAGGGAACUCCUGGCUACCAACGUUCAAGUUCAGUAAACAUGAGGAAAAUGCAGAAAAUGUUUCAGAAUGCAGCAGAGGAGAAUGUGAGAAACAUAAGAGCAUAUGUGACGGAAUUGAAAGAACGUGUGGCCAAGCUACAAUACCAAAAGCAGCUACUUGUUUGCCAGGUGCUUGAGAUGGAAGCAAAUGAAGCAGCCGGAUAUAAUUUAGAGGAAGAGAACACAGCUGAGCCAGAGGAGCCCCCAGUUUCUUGGCAUGUCACUUUUAGGGAGCAAAGACAGCAAAUCAUUGAGUUAUGGGAUUUGUGCUUUGUUUCCAUUAUUCACAGGACACAGUUCUAUUUGUUAUUUAAGGGGGACCCAGCUGAUCAGAUAUACAUGGAAGUGGAGCUUAGACGGCUGACUUGGUUGCAGCAGCACUUGGCAGAGCUCGGAAAUGCAAGUCCAGCUCGAGUAGGAGAUGAGCCCACAAUUUCUCUAUCAUCAAGCAUUAGAGCAUUGAAGCGCGAGAAAGAGUUCCUGGCAAAGAGAUUAACUACUCGUUUGACCCUUGAAGAGAGAGAGCUGUUGUACCUGAAGUGGGAUGUUCCACUAGAAGGGAAGCAGAGGAAGAUGCAGUUUGUGAACAAGCUUUGGACGGAUCCCCAUGAUGCCAAGCAUGUACAGGAGAGCGCUGAGGUUGUGGCAAAGCUGGUAGGGUUCUGCGAAAGCAGCAAUAUGUCAAAGGAGAUGUUUGAGCUCAAUUUUGUGCUUCCAGCAGAUAAGAGGCCAUGGAUUACGGGCUGGAACCAAAUAUCAAACCUUCUUCAUCUGUGAGAAACUUUACAUUUCUUUUGUAAGUACUUUACACCAUUACAUUCUUGUGUAAAUGAAUUUUGGAGUUUCCCCUCCGAGAUGUUUUUAAUUAUUUCAUUAUGGUGUGACUGCUUGAGCGCACUAUGAAUGAUGAUCAGUUUGAGGCACAUCAACUGUUUUUGUAAUUCUCAUUUCCAAUAAAAGAGUUUGAUUCAUUUGGCUUCCA